AUGAGAGUUACGCAAUACGUAGAUCCUGCUGAACAGGAAGAGUGGUCGCACCGCGUUGAACACUGGCAGGCAGAUAUGAAUAAUUCUAGUAAUUUGAACUCACCACUUACUAUUCUUCGCCUUGCUCGCAACAGCUCUCGACCAGUGAUCAUACACGACUGUCUCGGUAUUUCGCGUGCAGCAUGUGUAGUUGCGACUGAAUUGGCGAUCUGUAGCAUUAUCAGAGGUCCUACUUACAAGCAUCCAAUUCAAAAGGCGGUUCAUUUCCUUCGUCUCCAACGACCGUUCUCCGUGGAAACUCCCAUGCAAUUCAUUUUCAUUCAUCGAUGUGUUCAGAAAUUCUUCAGCAAAGUCUCAGGGCAAGUACGGGGCAUGGAGGAGGACUUCAAAGAUGGCUCGACACGAACGGGCAGAGAAGCUCCUGAUUGCGUUGGAGAACUGCCAAUUCCUCUGAAUCCGUCGAAUGUACUUUCGCAUGCUAGAAGAAGCACUGGAGACUUGAACCAGUAG